GUGAAAGAUAAUUUUAAUUGGACGAAAUAUCUUCUUGAGGGCGAAGAAAAAUACAUCGUGCAUUAUUAUGACACACAUGAAGAGGUAUACUACAGGGUGUAUAAAAAAAAACUGAACAGAUUUGAAAUUGCUCUCAGUACUUAAAACCCCGAAAAAUUUUCCAUCUAUUAACUCAAAAUAUGAUUACAACUUUUAAAUUUUGUGCGCGAACCAUUUUUAGUUUGUUGGAAAAGACACCCCCCCUGGUUCACAAAAUUUGAGUUCAAGAAAUUUUUUUCAUUAUUCUACAUUAUAAGUACCCAAAGAAGCUAUAUAUAUAUAUAAAAACUGGAUACAAAUAGGUGUUUUGCGAAAUUGAGAGCAAUUUCAAAUCUGUUCAGUUUUUUUUUGAUACACACUGUAUAUUAUAUGCACAACAUUCUACACUUCUCUCUUACCAAAAUCAUCUAUAUUUAUAAAUUUUGUUCCAUUUAUUUCAUUUCUCUCUCACAGUCAUGUAGUUUUUGAAGUACUAGUUAAAUCAUGAGCAGCUGAUCUUUAUCUGAUAUACAAACUCGAGUCGAAGGCGUGAGUUUCUGUUUGUAUAUCAGAUAAAGAUCGGAUGCGAAUGUUUUAACGAAUAACAUACUUAAAAAACGACCCAUCUUGUGAGUUCAUUGGCGAAGUAAUUUUAAAAAUAAACAUAUUGUCUAAGUCGAGAAAAUCAAAGCUGAAGUUUAUGUAUAAAUCAGGACAAAUCUUUAUCCGAUGUACAAACAUUGAUUAAACAUUAAUUUCUUUUGUAUUUUCCUCGUGAAUUAUUAAUAAAAUUUUUAAUAUUUAAUACAGUUUUCGUCUUUGUUUCAGGAAUUUUGGAGUGAUUUAGAAUCAGAGGUAUAGUUACACCGUAAUAUAAACUUAAGAUAUUUUUUCUGCAUGAUUUCCCCCAAGCAUAAUGGACGAAUUGUCCCGUUGUCUUGUGUUUUAUAAAAUAGGAUGAAAGUGACAAUGAAAACGACCAAGAUUUAGAAGGACAGGAUUUGGAUGAAGAUGAAAGAAAACAACUCCAAGGAAUUAAUAGAACCAUUCGACAUCCCGAGAUUAAUGGAGUUACAAAGGAGGUCAGUCCGUCACUAAAUAACUGAAUGUCACUCAGGCAUCCAAUAGUUCUUGAUUUAAAUUGCCGUUUGUAACUCCAGACCUGUUAAGAAUUGACCAUUUGCGUAAUAGACUAAAUUUUGAACUAAACAAGUCUAGACAAAAAUUUCAUCACAGCUUGAAGGAGCAUCAAAAAAUUAGUAAUAUUCCAAAGUUUCGUUGCAAAAUGUUGUAAAAUGCGGAAAAUAUAGCCUUGCGAAAUUUGCAAUUUUCAGUCAUUUUAGAUUACAAACGGGAAAUAGACAGCCCUAAACCCUUCGAGGCUGUCAAUUUCCGGUUUGUAAUCUAAAAUGACUGAAAAUUGCAAAUUUCGCAAGGCUAUAUUUUCCGCAUUUUACAACAUUUUGCAACGAAACUUUGGAAUAUUACUAAUUUUGUGAUGCUCUUUCAAGCUGUAAUGAAAUUUUUGUUGAGACCAAAAUUUAGUCUAUUACGCAAAUGGUCAAUUUAUGUGUAAAAUUCAUUUCUCCAUAGAAGAAGAACGAAAUCCAUUACCACAUCUGGAAAGAGCAUCUUAAAAUUAGUAAACUUGCAAAGUUUCGUUGCGAAAUGUUGUAUAAAAAUGAGGAAAAUAUAGCCCUGUGAAGUUCGCAAAUUUUGUAUAUACUUGCAUUUACGCGCGGGAAAAAUAACCAUUUUUGAGCCGAAAGUGGUUAUUGUUACCGCGCGUAAUACAAAUAUAUACAAAAUUUGCGAACUUUACAAGGCUAUAUUUUCUUCAUUUUACAACAUUUCGCAACCAAACUUUGCACUUUUACUCAUUCUAAGACGCUCUUUCUAGCUGUGGUGUUGGAUUUCGUUCUUCUUGCCUUGAUCAAAAUUUAGUCUAUAUAGCUGGAAUCACCCAUUCUGAGUUUCACGCUUGUAUUAAAUUAACAGGUGAGGGAUAUUCUUUGUGAAAAUCUAGUGGAAGCUUACUGGUUGACCAAUGAAAGUUCUCGUGUGGCUGAAGAAACAUCGGAAAUGUCACUGGCCUCUCAAUGGUACGAAUAAAGUCCCGGUCGAACUGGGACGAGAGUUUAUGAGAGUUGACAGUCACGUAUUGUUACGGGGGACAUUUCAAAACAGCUAACCAAGGUCGCUGCCAACUCUCAUCCUCGUUUGAUCUUAAAGAAUCAGUCUAACGCAAUGAUAAUCCUGUCUUACGCCAGUGAGAUCUGGGCACCUCAAGCCUCGUCACGCGAUCUGGAGGGUGUUCAGAGAUGAGCUACUAAAUUUAUACUUUACAAUUAUGAGUUGUCCUAUCUUGGGCGUCUUAGGAAACUUAAUUUAUUGCCUAUAUCUUACUGGCUUGAAAUACAGGAUCUCAUUUUUUUCUCAAAUGAAAACAAGACCUCCACGACCUGGAUAUCUCCUCCGUUUUGUCACCUUUUCUUCUAAUUGCUCGUCUCGCACCUUGCUUCAAGUCAUUCCGUGCAAAACCUCUCUUUUUAGAAACUCUUUUUUUAACCAAAUUGUCUUUCUAUGGCAAAAUCUCUCUCCGAUCAUUCCUAACAAUUCGUCGUUCCAUCCUUUAAGCUCCAGCUCCAUGCUCUUCUGUCGAUGUUAACAGAAUGCGCACUUGGAAAACCUACUGCUUUAAAUGCCGUUCUUUCAACUUAAGCUGUUGCUCAUAAUCUAACCUAUUAAUUUUUAUAUAGUUAUGUAAAUAGUAUUCUAGUCCUUGUCUUUAGCUACUUGGGAUUCAUGUCCUGUUGACCAUACCUUCAAUCAUUGUUAUAUAUUUUAUAGCACUUUUGUAUGAUUGCAAAGCUAAUAAAUAAAUAGAUAAGCAAAUUUCUGAAUUCCAGACGGACUGUCGAAUUUUCAUUAUUUAUUUCAAUUCAGGUCGCAGUAUUGUGAAGAAACUAACCCGCUUGGAGCUGUGGUAGCUACACAAAGACUUCAUGAAAUACAGAUUGUCAGAGAAACGAUCUGGUAAACACACAUAUAGCUUUCUAUCUUUUUAAUCAUGUUUACCUGUAUUCAAAAACUUUUUGUUGUAGGUGACAUAUAUCUACUAGGAAUGUUCGGUAUGAGAAAUUUCCGGUAUCGGUAUACCGAAAGAAUUAUACCGAUAUUAUCGGUAUACCGGUUUUCCUUUGAUAAUUAUAUAAGAAAAUUCUUUAAUGAAAAUUUGAAGGAAAUUUUGAGUAAUUCUAAAAGGGAAAACGAUAAUUCCGAAGCUGUUUCGAACGACACGUACUCAGUGUAAAAUCUCACUGAAGUGGAAAUUCUAAAUCAUUGCAGUAGAAAGUUCUUUGAAUUGCCAUUCAGCAGUAAAAUAAAGGUUACGGUUUCGCCACAUAGUUGAUAAAUGUAACCAUAACUAUGAUGUAACACGGUAUACUGAAACAUUCCGGUAUAUCGGAAAUUUCGGUAUAUCGGUAUGGUUCAAUAUCCGGUAUCGAUAUACCGAUAUUGAUUUAAUACCGAUAUUUUCGGUAUAUCGGUAUACCGAACAGUCCUAAUAUCUACCAGUAUUUUUUAUGCAUGUUUACAGGACACCCUUUUUGGCGUUUUGCGGAAAAUCGCUACUGCGCGCUCAAUAUCAGUCCGAUUUUCAUCAAAUUUUCACCGAAUGUUCUCCAGUGCAUGCGAAAUAUGGUAACGUUGUAAAAUUAACAAACAAUAAAAUAAUGUAAGAAUUAUUCAGGAAAAUCUUAAAUCGCGGUACCGUUACGCUUUUGAGUUGUGCUCCUGCUGGUUUUAAGUUAUAUUUAUGAAAAUAUCAUUUUUAUACAGUAAAAUAGAUGUUCUAAAAAAUUGUGUUCGGAAAUUUUUGUUUAUUUCGUCAUUCCGCUGAUAUGGCGAUUUCUUUGACGACUGCAAUAUAUUUCUGAAUUGUUUGAGUGAAUUGCUCUUUAUUUUUAAAAUAUCCAAAAUUAAAAAAAAAGCCGAAACUUUUGAAACUGACGUCUUUAGCUAUGUCCUGUGAAAAUUUGAGAAAAAUUGGUUAAAACCCGCAGGAGCACAACUCGUUUGAAAAUCAGUAAUUACCGCAAACCUUUUCGGGAGAAAAUUGAAUUUGAAUAUUACAUAUUUACAUUUUCAAUGUUUUCCUUAUUGCAGCGAAAUGUAUUUUAUUAAAUAACUCUGCGAGUUUUCAACAUUUUUCGUUCAAACUUGGUCAGAUAGUAGAACUAGUCUAAUGCUUUCAUGGAAACCAAUAACGUUGUCUGAUUAUAAUUUCAUCUCAAUCACAUGUGAGAAGAGUGCUUCCAGUUUCACUCUCCCAAACAGGUUUUCUUUGGGUACUCUAACUUCCCAGUAAGGGAUGGCCCUGGAUUUUUAGGGGGAACAUUGUAGACAGAAAUAAUAGAGACAAGCGGAGCAAAGCGAGUAAUGUGUUUUGUAGGAUGUUGUCAGGCGUGAAAAAACUUUAUGUUUACAAUUAUACAAGUGGAAAAUUUACAGUUCGAGAUGGAAUUGAGAUGACACACAUGACAAAGGUAACAAGUUGUUUCUGAAAUUUUUAAAUUUUACUUUUUUUAAUCCUAAGAUUAAAUCAUUGAAUCCUAAGAUUUUAUCAGUGAACCCUAAAGAUUGGAUCGUGAAUCGUUCCUUUUAUUGCCGUAAAUAAAAACACAUUUGUUUUAUCUCGUUGCUAGCUUUCCCUGCAGAAAUUUCUGACAACGUUUGCCGAAACAGCUAGUUCGAUUGUAGAACUUCGCAGUUUUAUCAAGAAUGUUUGUCAAAGAUAUAAUGAUCACGAAAGAAUUCCUCAAACUUUCCAAGCUUUUGGUUUUGCGAUUUUAAAAUACCUUCAGGUAAGAGAUGUCUUCUUCUUUUUUUAGUGUAGUUCGAAUUACCUAAUCAGCUAACAUAUGUCACCUUGCAACCCAUUUCACAUUUCUGGAUAACUCGCAUACUUAUAGUUACCACUGUUCUGAAAAUGCAAACAUUCAGUAGAACAAUGGUAACCAAUCGUAACACUGGUUAGCUGGUGGGGUUUCAUCAAUCUCACGGAACUAUUGACUUAUAUUCUCUGCUUUUUACACAAACAGAAAUUUAACGAGGAUUUGUCGGCCAUAGAAGAAUCGAUAAUAAAGAAGGGUAUGUUUAAUGAGAUGUUGGUGACACUGUGACCGCGUAUUUAUAUAUUACACACGUAAAAACGCACAAGUUGUUACAGGUCUGCAAACAAGUUUUUACAAAUCUAUUCACAAGCUGUCGACAAGUUCUAUUCGCUCUGCUCUGUUCCCAGAUGUUGUAACAAGUUUGGAACAAGCUGUUAACAACUUGUAACAAGUUUGAUGGCAUUAUCAGACUUGUUACAAGGUUGUUCUGACAAGUCUGACACAGUCGUGACAUAAAUGUUACAAGGUUAAUGACACAAGGUUGCAACAGUAUUUUUAUAUCAUGACGGUAUCGGACUUGUUGGAACAAGCUUCCAACAAGUCUGAUGAUAUCAACAAGGUUUUCACAACUAUUAACAAGUUCCAUACCUGUUCACAACUUGGGACAAGCAGUGCGAACACACCGACGGCUUGUUGGCAGAUUUCCUAUACAAGAUGUGAGAUUUUCGCGUGUGUAUAGAAGACGUCUACACGUCUAGAUACCAGAUGAACAGUUCAACAUAACACUAAGAAAGAAGCCACAAAAAUACUUAAAUUUGCAGCUUCUGCUUGCAAUGCUGAAUCCUUACAUUUUUUAUUACUUUCUUUCAGAAGAAACAGUUACUUUAUCAGUCUUACAACAUCGCAUGUCUCGAUAUCAGAAAGAGGUAGGAAAACCUGUCCUAAUUAAAUGCGUUAUUUGUAUUUAUGUUUUAGAUAAUAACAUGGUUUCGAGUGCAAUUAAAAAGAAAAACAUGCACGGGUGAGUUUUUCAAAGACGAUCAAAAUUGCACGAGUCCGAAGUAGGAGUGCAAUCUGGAGUCACUGAAAAACUCACGAGUAUUUGUUUUUCCCAUAGAUAUCUUAUAUACACUAGAUAGUGCAUCUAAUUAUUCUGCAAUUCAAAAAUUGAAGCCGUGAUUGCAGAUUCAGGAUAUUCCCAUGAAAUGAGAAGACUCGUAUGUUUUCUAUUUCUUAAACAGGGAACUUAAACAUUAAGUUAACCCUAUUCCAAAUACAUUUUCAAACUAUUCAAAUGAUGAAAGUUAUUGUUGUUUUUUAAGCGUUUAUUAGCGAGUGGGAAACUUCAAUAUGGCCGCGCCAUCUAUUUAAAUGGGGGUAACCGCUGGGAUAUUCUUGGCUUCAAUUUUACUAAAAGAGAUGCGCUGUAUAUAAGCUAUCUAUGGUUUUUCCAAAUUGUACUUUUGUUACAAAUGUGAUUGUAAUGCUCUUAGCAAGCAGAAUUGAGUAUUUCUUUCAAUCUAUAUUAUUGUGUGAUGUAACUGUUUUCUUUUAGAUUGAUGCAAUAUUUAAUGUCUAUCACCAUGGAGUAAAAUGCAUAGAGAAGCGAGAGAACUAUGAGGUCUCGUGUGAACUCCUUCAGUUAUUAUCAUGCAACAAACAAACAGACAGACAUAGCAAAAUGGACAGGCAAAAUGACAUUUUAUAUUUCUGUUUACGUUUUAGAAAGUUGCUUGUUUCCUAAAUGCAUUUCACCAUGACAUCCUUCUAGCUGAUGGCCUCGGGACUUAUGGUCAUUGGAAGGUUUGUAGCAAACGCAAAUGACAACUCAUUGAAAAAAUCAAUCAAAAUAUGUAUUCAACCAAAAAUUAUGUCUCCACUUUUUUCCUAUAGGUGAAAGUGUUAUUACCGCUGUUUUUGAAAACCCUUCGACCAUAUGUAGAAUUCCUCGAUGGUUGUUUAACGGAAGGAAAGCUAACAGAUGACAGUGAUGAAUUUUGUAUCCAAAGGUACUAUAACCUAGUUUUGGAACUUGCAGAAACCAUGUUUCCCGAAAGUGAUCAAAACAGGAAACAUUGUUUUUAGACAGUUUUCCUGAAGGCGAGUAAUCAAUCAAAACUUUGUUUCCUAUAGCCAUAUUUUCUGAAGGUGGGCAAACCAGGAAAUAUUGUUUCCUAGCCAUAUUUUCCGAUUGUAGUAGACUAGUGUAGUGAACUGGAACACAGGCCAAUGCAAGCAUUUAUUCUGUGUACUAGGUUAUAUUAGUAUCUUUAUACAAAUAUCAAAACGUUACCUUUAGACUUUCGAGCAACGUCAACCUAGGGCCCGAACUGUGGACAUCAGUUCUGAAAACCAAAGGCAAGUUUUCACAAUUUAUUCUCGUUGUGUAUAGCUUUUUAACUUCUCGUAUACCUGUAUUAUAUAGUUUGAGCAAUCCUUCAAUAAUAUUUAGUACUUUUUAUGGCAAUUUUAACAUCUUUUGACUUUCAUUAGGGGAAACAUCAGACGACAAUGUUUCGUGGCCUACAUUUCUUCAACCUGUCUUAAACGAGGUUUGUAUGGUUAGGACUUUGAAUGGCGGGUACAGUUUUGUUAGGCGUCUACGACUUUUGCCCAGUUGAAAAUGUUAAAUUUAAUGGCAGUACUGUAUUUUUUAGAUCAUUCUUGCCGGGAAAUCGAUUAUUCUUUUGGAAACGUUGGGCGAGGUAGGAAUACAGUAAAGCCUGGGCUCAGCUUCAGGGCUUUGUUUUUGAGACUCACUUUUGCAUUCAUUACGUUUUCGAAGUUGGAUUUAGAAGAUCUUUGGCAGAGUACUCAUUUGACUGACAGGAUAGCAGGGUUGUAAUUAAUAUAUUUUAUUUCUUAUCGCAGCUAGCAAAGAAUGCUGAUCGUCUUUUACAAGGUAUUAUGAUUACAAUUUCGCACAUGAGGAAUGGCUUCAUAGCCGUGAUACUAAUUUGUGUAUUUUUAUUUAGAGGAAAGUCUUAACGCGAUGUUUACCCAUUCUGUUUUAAAUCUAACCGACACUCAAAGUAAGUUUUGUAUAUUUUGUAAACCUGGCAUAUGUCCAAGAUUAAUAUACCUUCUACUGUUUUACCCACUUCAAAAUCUAUAAGUAGAAUCGUUUUAUUAAUUUAUGUAGAUAUGGCAGAGCUGUUUCCACUUUGCUUGUAUCCGCACAUUCAAGUAAAAUACGAAAAGGUGAUAACAAUAAUCAAGAUUUUUAUUAAAAGUCCGCAGGAAGCUUUCUCAUAAAAAGUGAUUUUCCGAAAGAUCCUGACACAAUUAAUUUACAUUAUUUAAAAAAAAGAAUUAAUGUUAAAACGCUGAGAAUUAAUGUUAAAACGGCAGAAAGGCACUGGUCUAUAGUCUUGCUUGACAAUUCCACAAUUACCAUCUCAUUUUGUCUCUAUUUUAUUUUUGUUUUUGUAAUUGCCUUUCCAAAUAAGAAGAUAUGGAUUUGAUUCAGAAAUUGACACUCUCUCCCCCCUUGCACCCCCACCCUGUGAAGGCUAAGAUGGCUGCACACCCCUCUCCCUUGCACUCCAGUAAAUCCAAACAUUUUAUUUUGCAGAGUUGUAAUUCUUUAAUUCACCUUUUGAAGACCGAAUACAUGUUGUUAGACCAUCUGGCUGCCUUGAGGGUAAGAUAUAUGCUGUUAGGUGAAUACAUGGGCCUGUCACUACUGCGAUUAGGAUUCUUAAUCAGUCUAUAAAUAUUGUAAAUUAUUUGUAUUAGAAAAUCUAUUGUUUUUGUAAUCUAUAGAAUUUCUUCUUUCUGGAAGCCGGAGAUGCCAUGUAUCACUUUUACACGGAUAUUUUUAAGAAGGUUCGAAAUUUUAAUUUUGCAUUGAAACAUGUUUACACUUAUAAAGUUUGUUCGUUCGCUGCAACCAGGUAUAUCAAUCAUGUUUCGCUCGCUACUCUGGUUUAAAUAAAUGAUUACAAAGCCCAGUCGAAUUGUAAUCAAGACCCAACGUUUCGACACUCCAGUCUAGUGUCUUCAACAGGGGUGAUCUAAAACUGUUUACACUUGCAAUUUCUAGUGCUAUUUUCUUCUGAUGAUGGAUGUGAACGAAUAGAUAAGUUAUGAAUGUUCUGACUCACUUCAGAGUAUAUGUAUACUAUUAGAUGACAAAAGUUAUCAUGUGAUAACCAGUGAACUCUAUGCAGUGUGACCACAUUUGGUAAAAAGUUUUACUUUUGGUAAAAUUUCGUGAAUUUUCAAGAAAAUUUGGUAAUGACUUCUUUUGGUAAAAUUUUGGUAAAAUCUGAAAGGUUUGAAUUAUUAAAAAUAGUUGGUAAAAAUGUGUGUUUCUUGUUUAAUAACGUGCUCAAAGUGAUGAACAGAACUGCCAAGCCUAAGAAAUAAAGCCUUAUCAUUAGCAAAAACUGCAAUACGAUGAAAGCAACAAGUAUUUCGAGACACUUUUUGUGAAUAUUUUUUCUACUUUGAUGACGUAACUAUUGUUUUUUGGCAACAUCAUGACGUAAUUAUUUGGGAAGCCGACAUUUGGUAAAAUGUUUCUUAAUUUAGUAAAAUUUGAACAAAAUUUUGGUAAUGACUGCUGAAAAAGUCUGGUCACACUGACUCUAUGUAAACUGGAAGGCUAAACUCCUAUGAUAAAGCCUAUGAUUUGCUGAAGCCAAAAUAGUUUUCCUGAGUUAUGAGCAGAAAUACUUGAUCCCAAACGUUGGGCUAUAUAUCAAACUGAAGCUAUUGAAAAUUGCUAUUCGGUGUGGAAAUUUCAAGACUUCAGCGAAAAGAAAAAUAUUUUAAAAAUACAAAAACAACUGCCAUUUGGCAAUCAUUUUUGUAGUUUUUAAAUAUUUCCCUUUUAGCUAAAGUCUUGAAAUUUCUACACCAAAUAGCGUUUUUCAAUAGCUUCAGUUUCAUAUACAGCACAACGUUCAGUGUUGAGUAUUUCUGCUCAUAACUCAGAAAAACUAAAAUGCACUGGCUUCAAUCCCUUCCCCCCCCCCCACCCCUGAAUUAGCCUUCCAGUUUACAUAGAGUUCACUGGUGAUAACUCAUCCACUCAUUCACAUUCAUCAAAAGAAAAUCGCUCAUAAAAUCGAAGCAAAAAUUGCAAUGGUAUACCAGACUUGUAGAGUUGUGUAUGACCUCAUCGGAUAUCAAGAUGUUCAGUGUGUUGAAACGAUGUUUCUCGAGGUCUAUACUUAAUUCGUUUUCCGUUUCGUAGUGUAAUCGCCAUGAACGUUGGCAAGACAUGUCAUAUUUAAACAGCUUAUUCCAAGAAUCUCUCAUGCCUGGCUACUCGGAUAUGCAAGAGAGGUAAGCAUAUUUGUAACCAAUGGGUGAACUUGAAUCCAACAAUAUAAACCGUUUUUCUUUUUCCUUAGAUUCACCGUGGGCUACAGCAAGCCAACAAAAAUCACGAUCGAUUCGUUUGAAGGCCUGGAACUGAAUUAUAAGGUAUUCAGCUUCUUUUUUUUCUUUUCUCUUUUUUCGGCACAGACAACAGGACUGAGGAGUCCCAAAUGCACAUUACAUUGACAUUGUAAAACAAUAGAGACCUGGGUUACAAACUUUAACAAAGCUACAACACAAUUACACAACGCAACACAACACAACACAACAUUACAACAUACGAUCAAUGCGUUCCAAACCCUCUUAACACUUUCCGAAGUUAACAUAAACUAGACAUUGACCGCCCAUAUAUUGCAGUCCUUUCUAAGUCAACUACCUUAAAAUGAAGAGACCUGAAAAUUGCAAAGAAGGUUUGGGAAAAGCCCAAGUUACAAAAAAGUUUUAUACAUACAAAUGUAUCAACAUUGUACUGCAGCACAGAUACAGUCAAAGAAUACAGUAAACAUCCUUGCAUGUGACGUCACGACCAAUUCAGACAGUGGUUUUCUCUGCUGUCUAUAAAGUGCCCUUCUUUUUGCCACCCAAAAUUGCGAAUUUCUUAAGCUUCGUUCAAACGGAGUCGAACAUCUUCCAACAUUGUUGGAUAAAUAUCAAUGUUCAGGGUUCGUAGCGGUUUGAAAUCCUUGAAAGUCUUUAAAUUUGAAUGCAGGUCUAUAAGGUCUUUGAAAAGUCUUUAAAUUGUGUGAAAACGCGAAGAAAGUCUUUAAAAGUCUUUAAAUUCUUCAGUGAGUGUUUGAUUAUACGAUUUCCUAGCUAAAAAAGUAGAUUGAUUGAAGAACAAGGUUUUCGCAAAUAUCGACGAAAAAGCGCAAUUUAGGAUGUGAUUUAACGGGAUUAAUUACCGGGUAAAAAUGGUGCUUACACUCGCAAUUUUUAGAUAACUGAUUGCUCUGAACGGUCUUUGAAAAGUCUUUAAAAAUAGGCAGAAAAAUUCUUUGAAAGUCUUUAAUUUUUUUUGGUCUUGGAGACUACGAACCCUGAUGUUGAAAAUGUUCUCUUACUAGGCGCCAUGGCCAAUCAACCUCGUGAUCGACUCUGCAUCUCAGAAACAAUAUAACGACGUAUUCUUGUUUUUGUUGCACCUGAAACGCGCAAAGUGGAGUUUGGAUGACUUACGUUUCAAAGGUGAACCUCAAUUUGUUGUAGUGCCUUUAAGCCCAGACGAGCAAGUAUUCCUUGACAAGUUUCCCAUGAUUUGAGCAUUACCCUUCCUUUUUCGCCUACUAGAUUUACAAAGCAGACAUAUUAUACCUGACUCGGACCAGGACGAAGAAGAGAACAAUGUUGUUCAAAUGAAUAUUAAACUCGAGCAUCGCAUUCAACAUCAACUGCAUCUUGUCCGUUUCGAUUUGAUGCAGUUUGUGAAUGGAUUACAUCAGUACAUCAUGACAAGGGUAAGAACUGAAUGACGUGAACCACGUCUACGGUAGCCCCCCGGCUACUAUACAUGCAAAGUGACUUGAUCUAACUGCAAGCCUAUGGUCAGAAAAUCUCGUGUGAUUUUCUCCCAGAAUGGAUUUAAAAUUUUCAUAUUAUGCAUAUCUCAAUUCCCGAGUUGUGUUUCUUAUUACCAAAAUUUUAUUUCCUUUCAUUUCUUUUGCCUUGCUCACGAGCUUUGCGUCGUGAACCGUAAAUUUUGUUCGCUGCAACAAAGUAAAUAUAUUGCAGAAAUGAGUAUGACAAGCAAAAUUGAUGUUCUUUCAAGCUUAUCAUAGAAGUUUAUUCUCUCGCUCAGAUUCUCCACAGUAAACUGGAAUUCGAAGAAGCGUUAAAUAAGGUAUAUUAUAUGUUGUGAUUUCAGUGUAUUUCAUAACAUGCAUCUUUUUAGUAUGGUUCAAAAGAAUGUUUCUAAAGUUUGGAAGGGGUGUUUUUUUAUUUGUUUUUUAGGCAACAGAUUUGGAUGAAAUAAUCAAAGCACAUUCACUCUACAUAGAAAAGGUUUUGGAAAGAUGUCUUAUGACGAAUAAGGUAAAAAGUAGUACAUUAUUCAUCCCUUGAUAAUCUUGGUGGUACAGUUGGUUAAUCAUCAUAUCAUUAUCAUAAACAUGAUCAUCAUCAUUAUCAUAAACAUCUGCAUCAUCAUUAUCUGUAUCAUCGUCAUCAUCAUCAUCAUCAUCAUCAUCAUCAUCAUCAUCAUCAUCAUCAUCAUCAUCAUCAUCAUCAUCAUCAUCAUCAUCAUCAUCAUCAUCAUCAUCAUCAUCAUCAUGCACAAUCAUGCACAAUCAUCAUCAUCAUCAUCAACUUCAAAAUCAACAUUCAACUUCCAAAUUAACUUCAACAUCAACAACAUCAAUAUCCACAUCAACAUUACCAUCAUCACCAAUAGUUUUUCAUUUGUGUUUUCCCAAGGUCGAGGUGAUGAAAGUUGGUAUUUUGAAAGUCCUAAGACUUGCUGUAAAAUUUAGUAAACUGUGGAGUCUAGAUUUGAGGGAUAACAGGUUUGACGAAUAACAUUGAUACUGUUUGUUUGCAAACCCCAUUGAUUGAUAUGAAAACUGUACAUCUGUGGAAGUUUUGGUGAAACUACUUGCAAAAGUUAAGGCAUCGUAGUGGACUGCUAAUUUUCAGACGUAGGGCCUAUGUUGUAAACGUCGAAUGUUUUCUGUAGUUCCCCAUAGUUCAAAACUUCAAACACAAACCAUAGUAUAUUUUUACAGAAUAAUACAUUAUUUGUAUUUUUUUUUCCUUUAGAGAAAGUUUGGUGAUGUCGAUAGCUGAGGAUCUUCAGAAGUGGAGAACAUUUAUAGUGACUUUCCUGACGAAAAAGAUCAAACGGGGCUCUUAUCCACAAUGUAGGUGUAUGACAAAAUAAGAGAUCUAUGACCUAAGCUAUAUUCCUGCAAUAUGCAGUUGUUUGGUUACAAUUUCACCUCAGUCACAUGUGAGAAGAGUGCUUCCAGUUUGACUCUCUGGGAACUCCGUUUUCCUCCUAACGAGACCUAGCACUGCACCAACAAAGCAUGGGCCUAAUUUGUGUGAAGAACUGGAAUGAACUUGUCUUGAAGUGAAGGUUACUAAAAUUUUGAUAAUUCAAUGUUUGUUUUUACUUGUAUUUUAGUGGAGGCGUUAGCGUACAGCUUGGGAUCGAAGAGACAAUCUAGUGGCCAUGAAAGUUGACAGUAAAAAUAUCAGUGUGAAUUGGCCUUCAUAACUAUCGCGUGUUUUUGCGCGUUGCCACACAAUUACCUGUAGCUUUUGUCACGUGGGUCAAUAUCCGAGAGUUUUUUGGAGUACUGUCUUUCCACGUCAGAGAAUAUAGACAAUCAAAACAAUGUGAAAAGCGACUUUUCAAAGUUGCAACUGUAAAUUUACCAUUAUAGACGCAACUGCAGUGAUAAAAUGUCGUCAAGAUUUCGUGGUGCGUGUACUACAGGCAGUACCCCAAAAAUGGCAGAUAAACCGUGCGGGGAAAGGCUUAAGGCUAAUUCGCUUACACAUAAUUUAAAUGCUUGGUUACCUUUGUUCCAUUCUGUGCUUACAUUACAUGCAGAACAGUGGUAACUAGGCAUAUAAGUUAUCCGAAAAUGUGAACUAGAUUGGUUUAAUGAUCUAUUAGAAAUUGUACAUAUAUUUAAAUAUUAUAUUUUUGUAAAGGUUGUAUAUAUAAAUAAUUGUUUAUUGUUUAUUGAUUGUUUAUUGAGUUUCUCACUCAUUGGUGAACGGUUUUCCCAACAGGCUAUUCCCUAAUUGACAGGGGAUCCGAGGUACCUACGAUUUAACGUCCUUAGCCGAGACGACGCGAAAGUCUAACCAUUUACUGAUUUUUCUACCAAAGAUUGAACCCGGAUCUCUCAG